AUGAAUAAGCAAAGUGAACAAGAAAAAGAGAGCAUAGGUAAAAAGAUGCUUAAACUGACAAAAAUCAGAGAAAAAAGGAAAGCUAAAGAGAAAGAAAGUAAAAGGACAGGCGGAAUACGGAUAUUAGGAUUAAUUGGAGCAAUUUAUGCUAUAUUUGUCAGUUAUCCGAAAGAAUGCGAAGAAUUAAAACAACUCAAAAAGCAAGAAAAACAAUUAGAACGGGAAAUAGAAAAUCAAUAG